AUGUUCCUAUUGCUGCGGUUGUCGGUUAGCCAAGCCCAGGGCCUGGUGCCGUCCAAGCCGCGGCUCGGCGCAGACAGCACCUACAAGUCCGCUUACGACCGCUUCCGCCAGCAGUGGCAGGGCUCCAGGAGCUGGCAGUCCGCGUUCAAGUCCGCUCCGCAGCGCGCGUGCAGCCGCGGCGGCGCGUCCACGACGCUGUGCUCGUCGGCGGCAGGCGCCGCCGCCGCGGACGACAAAUUUGCGCAGCUGCUGCUCGCCACGUCGCCCGCGAGGUUCUUUUCGGUCCCCAUCUACGCGUUCGCCGCCCUGAACGGUUGGAAGCUGCAGGAUUACUACGCGCGGCAGAACCCCGUCCUGCUGGCGCCGGGAAACCAGGGAUCCUGCCAGACGUGCACAGCGUUCACCGUCGCCGCCGCCGCCGAGGCGGCCGUCGCGGCGACGCUCGACAGGAGCGCGCAGGAGGUCGGGCGGCUGUCUGUGCAGGACCUCGCGUUCUGCUCCGAGGCGGGGCUGCGGCCGUGCAGCUCGGGGUGGACGCUGGAGGGUGCGCUGUCGCGGCUGAAGGACGGGCGGCCGCUGAAGCUGGAUCAAUGCCUGAAGGUGCGCGGCCGUGUUUGGGCGGCGGUGGGGUGGGGGGGCUCGUGGCCGCGGCACGCGGUGGUGAUGAGCGUCCGCAGCUACGGCGGCGGCAGGGCCGGCAAUGGCGAGAGAGGCGGACGCCAGCAGGCGCGGGGCAGUGAUUGA